CGACGCUUUCCCUCCACGCUGGGACUGGGUUGUGGGGGAGGGAGGCGGUUAGUGGGCUUUAGCGCCUUUUCUGGCGGCGGUAGAUUUGAAGCGCUUUGAAGGACGGGACCCUAGGAAGAGGAGACGGUACUGGUACAGGAUCAAGUUUUUGCAGUAGUGGUAACAAGUACAUCCAAGGAACAAUUCAAUGGUUUGGAAAUUUGGAGUAAUGCCAAAAGUGACUGUACCAGCAGUUGGACUCAAUUUGAAUGCAACGUAAUCUUAUUUUGAGCAAAAGGAUUGGAUCAGUUUGUCCUUGAUUUUUCUCUGUUUAAAGUAUUUUACUCAUAGAUUGAGUUAUUGGAGCCAUGGGAAUAAAGGUUCAGCGUCCUCGAUGUUUUUUUGACAUUGCCAUUAAUAAUCAACCUGCUGGAAGAGUUGUCUUUGAAUUAUUUUCUGAUGUGUGCCCCAAAACAUGCGAGAACUUUCGUUGUCUUUGUACAGGUGAAAAGGGGACAGGGAAAUCAACUCAGAAGCCAUUACAUUAUAAGAGUUGUCUCUUUCACAGAGUUGUCAAAGAUUUUAUGGUUCAAGGUGGUGAUUUCAGUGAAGGAAAUGGACGAGGAGGGGAAUCUAUCUAUGGAGGAUUUUUUGAAGAUGAAAGUUUUGCUGUUAAACACAACAAAGAAUUUCUCUUGUCAAUGGCCAACAGAGGAAAGGAUACAAAUGGUUCACAGUUCUUCAUAACAACGAAACCAACUCCUCAUUUAGAUGGGCAUCAUGUUGUUUUUGGACAAGUGAUUUCUGGGCAAGAAGUUGUGAGAGAGAUAGAAAACCAGAAAACAGAUGCAGCUAGCAAACCAUUUGCUGAGGUGCGGAUACUCAGCUGUGGAGAGCUGAUUCCCAAAUCUAAGGCUAAGAAAGAAGAAAAGAAGAAGCAUAAAUCCUCCUCCUCCUCCUCCUCAUCCAGUGACUCAGAUAGCUCAAGUGAUUCUCAGUCCUCUUCUGAUUCCUCUGAUUCUGAAAGUGCUUCUGAAGAGAAAUCAAAAAAAAGAAAAAAGAAACAUAGGAAAAAUUCCCGAAAACACAAGAAAGAAAAGAAGAAGCGAAAGAAAACCAAAAAAAGUGCAUCUAGUGAAAGUGAGGCUGAAAAUCUUGAAGCACAACCCCAGUCUACUGUCCGUCCAGAAGAGAUCCCUCCUAUACCUGAAAAUAGAUUUCUAAUGAGAAAAAGUCCUCCUAAAGCUGAUGAAAAAGAAAGAAAAAACAGAGAAAGAGACAGAGAGAGAGAAUGUAAUCCACCUAACUCCCAGCCAGCUUCAUACCAGAGGCGACUUUUAGUUACUAGGUCUGGCAGGAAAAUUAAAGGAAGAGGACCAAGGCGUUAUCGAACUCCAUCUAGAUCCAGAUCAAGGGAUCGUUUCAGACGUAGUGAGACUCCUCCACAUUGGAGGCAAGAGAUGCAGAGAGCUCAAAGAAUGAGGGUAUCAAGCGGUGAAAGAUGGAUCAAAGGGGAUAAGAGUGAGUUAAAUGAAAUAAAAGAAAAUCAAAGAAGCCCAAUUAGAGUAAAAGAGAAAAAAAUCACUGAUCACAGGCAUAUGUCUGAAAGCCCAAACAGAAAAAGUGAAAAGGAAAAGAAAGUUAAAGAUCAUAAAUCUAACAGCAAAGAGAGAGACAUCAGAAGAAAUUCAGAAAAAGAUGAUAAGUAUAAUAAAAACAAAGUGAAGAAAAGGGCCAAAUCUAAAAGUAGGAGUAAAAGCAAAGAGAAAUCAAAGAGUAAGGAAAGAGAUACAAAGCAUAAUAGACAUGAAGAAAAGAGGAUGAGGUCAAGGAGUAAAGAAAGGGAUCAUGAGAAUGUUAAAGAAAAAGAAAAGUCGGAUUCUAAAGGAAAAGAUCAGGAAAGGAGUAGAAGUAAAGAGAAGUCUAAACAAUUAGAAUCCAAAAGUGAGGAGCAUGAUCAUAAUAAAAGUAAGGAAAAGGAUAGACGCGCACAGUCUAGAAGUAGAGAACGUGACUUAACUAAAGGCAAACACAGUUACAAUAGUAGAACAAGGGAACGAAGCAGAAGUAGGGACAGGAGCAGAAGAGUGCGAUCCAGAAGCCACGACCGCGAUCGCAGCAGAAGCAAGGACUACCAUAGAUACAGAGAACAGGAGUACAGGAGAAGAGGAAGGUCACGGAGCCGAGAGAGAAGAGCAACACCAGGAAGAUCAAGAAGUAAAGAUAGAAGGAGGAGGAGGAGAGAUUCACGGAGCUCAGAGAGAGAAGAAAGUCAAAGCAGAAACAAAGAAAAAUAUAGAAACCAAGAAAGUAAGAGUUCACACAGAAAAGAAAAUUCGGAGGGUGAGAAGAGAAUGUACUCUAAAAGUCGUGAUCAUAAUAGCUCAAAUAAUAAGGAAAAAAAGGCUGAUAGAGAUCAAAGUCCAUUCUCAAAAAUAAAACAAAAUAGUCAGGACAGUGAAUUAAAAUUUUCCACGUUGAAAAAUAAGGAGGAUGAGAAGACCAUAUCCUCAGUGGAAAAAGAAAACCAAAAAUCAAAGGGUCAAGAAAAUGACCAUGUACAUGACAAAAAUAAAAAAUUUGAUCAUGAAUCAAGCCCUGGAACAGAUGAAGACAAAAGUGGAUGAGUGAGUUGUAUAAAUAUCUUAUUUCCAUUCUGUCUCAAAUUUUAAGUUUUAGAGACUUGCUGAUGAAUCUUUUAUGUUGUUUUCCUCUUUUCAUUGUUUUUGAGUUGUUUUAUGUUUUUUGGGUUUUUUUUUAAAUGUGGACUUUACUGAGUUGAUCUUUUGAUAAUCUGCAACCUGGAUAAUUUGUACUGCUAAAGUUUUAAUAAACUUGAAAUGAGAAAAACACUUUGGUGUAAUACUGUGUGCUGUGUUUAACUAUUUCAUGUAUGCAUUUUUGUAUUGCAACAAUCAGCCAGUAGCAAACAUGCUAUUCUGUACCUUAAUUUGUGUGAUCAGCCAGUUAGAAACCAAUAUAACUGAUUGUUGGAAUACAUUGUUACAGAAGCUUUGUGUUCAUCGUGAUUAAAGUAACUUUAGAAGCCACUAGAUAGAAGAAGUCUUGUAAAGAUUUUCUGAUUGCAUUUAUAAUAGAGGCUUGCAGCAGCAGCUUUUAAUUACACAGAAGCAGGAUCCUAAUAACGAGAUCUUAAAUCAUCACUUUCAAUUUUAUAGUAAUUUGUGCUUUAAAAUAGAUAAAUAUUUAGUUAUUUAUAUUGUACAUCAUGUUAUUCUUUACAGUUCCAUCUGUAGCUUGUUUCAUAUUAAUAUUUUUUCCUAUAUAGCUUUGUUUUACUGUCCAUAAAAAUAGUUGAGUAUUUUUUUCCAGUCGAUGUACUGAUUGAGGUUGACUUGCUGUUAUACAGCAUCUGACAAGAACUAGACCAUGGAAGAUCAGAUUGUGAUUCUCAAUCUAUGUUGAUUUUGAUAUGAAGAAAUGAAACUUGCUUUUUGAGAGCGUUGUUUUAUUGUUAACCUUCUCCAAAAUGAAAAAAAGUACUCUCUCGCUAAAACAUAUUCCUUUGUGCAACUCUUUAAGUUAAAUUCUAAAAAUUGUUAAUAUUGACACAUUAACUUACAAGAUUUCUCAUUUUGGCCACUGACCUAUAUAGAGUUGAAUGUUAAUUCUGCAUGGUUGGUUGUUUGUUUUUUAUUUUUAUCUUGAACUGAUUAACACCCAUAGCUGUGAGUUUCAAAUGGCAAGUAAAUGCAUCUUUUCUAUAUCUGUAUCACAAUAGGCUAUAGCAUGUUUAUGACUCUGGUUUCUUUCUAUUCAGGUGGCUUUAUACCAUUACCUUUAUUUUUUUAGCUUGGCGAAUAUUGCCCCAUGCAGUAGAAAGUUGCGAAAUUUGAUAGCUCACAGAGUUAAACACUAAAGAUAUCUAAAGUCCGUUUAGACUUUUAUGUGUUGUAUAUUGCUAUUUUUGUGAUGUGUGGCCUUUUAUUCUGUAACUUUUCUUCUAAAUAAAAUACUGAACAUCCAGCAAACACAAAACCUGCCUCAUUUGAAAAGAAAUUUCAGAAUUCCGAUUAAUAGCUUCUAGAGUAUUUUGUACUUUAAUAUUUGUCAGUAUAGUGUCUAUUACCACGAUAGCUUCUUGGUAAAAGCAAUAGCUUUAUUCAAUGCUAUUUGUACUGAGCAAAGCAAUGCUUAACAUAAUAUUUCCCAUUAUUGAUUAAUAUAGUAAUGAAACAUAAUGUUUGCAUAAUGAAUAGGGUAAUGAUUAUAGAUUGUUUGGAAUAUCUUGAAACAAAUAUCCAAAGUGGAGUCUUUACAAAUUUUUUUUUCCUAAUCAUAAAAGUUAAUAGAUAUUUAUAAUAAUUCAGGGUAGCUUUGACCACCUUGGGAGUAACUGAAUCUUAAAUGCCCAAGCUGUAUAAUCUGUUAUAUUAAAUUAGUUGUUUUAAAUUCAGUAAAUUGCAUUUUAAAAAUCUAUUAUAAAUUAUUUGAGCUUCAAGAAAGGUGCUAUUAAGAAAGGAUUUUUAAUAAACAAUUACAUUUAAAAAGAAUAACCCAUGCUAAGUAAAAAUACUAUGUUGUCUGAUCCCAGAGCUUUAUCUACUAAGAAUUAUAGGCAAGUAACUAUAGGGAGGAAAUUUUAGUAAUUUCUAUAAGUAGUAUUGUCCUCUUUGGUUUAUCAAAAGAGCAACUCCAUGCUAAGCAUUAUUUAUAGGCUUUUUUAAAAAAAGCUUUGUUAGUUUUUACAAUAGAACAGAUAAUGGUAAAGGAGUGAAGAAGAGAGACGACAAUCGGCUAGAUUUCAUUCGGAAUAUAAAGAACAUUUAGAAAAUGAUUAAACAGUAUUAACUGUACCUCAAGUCUGCCUUUGCAUCUGGAUAGCGCAUGGCUUAAACAGUCGUUUCCUUCCGUUACAUUUUUAAUAGUUGUACCACCUUUAGUUAAUACUUUGAACAUGCUCGUUUUCCUAAAAGUCAGCCAAUUAAAUUCCUUGUUGUCAAAUUGCUUUUAUAGUUUUCAUGCUUACAGUUUACCUAAAGGUGUCUGACUUAAUAUCUUCUUAAAGAUAUUUAAAUUGGUUUGUCUUUAUUGCAGAAUUGGCAACAUCUGAGAAAUUUUUUCAUGAUUAUUAUUUCACGUGAAUGCUUUUUUUUGGGGGGGGAUAAACCAUCUGCCACAGAAAUGGGUACAACAUAGACAUUAAUGAACAGUAGAAAAGAUGCUGGUUUUAAAACAUUUUUUAAUUUUAGUUAAGAGUUCAUACAUACAAAGACCAUUGUAGUUUGAGUUCCUUAAAGCCCUGGCAGAAGUUUCUGAGAGUUUGACUGAUAAAUGUAGCUGCGCAAGGGUGAUAUUGAUUCAUACUGGCUUUCCUGAAUGGCCUUUGAUUCUUGUACCCAGUAGAAGAUAGGAAACUGAAAUGUAAAAGUUUCCUAAUAUUAUGGACAGGAGCACAUCGGGUUUCUAGUAUUCUUGAGUAGUGGUAUUAACUGACAAUUUUAAAAUUUGUUUUCAAGUUAGUAUAUGGAACAAAGUAGCAUGUUUUUUAAUAAGUAGUUCAUUAUGCUUCACUCUGGGUGGCAAUUUUUUUCAUCAGCUUUGAACCUUUUAUAGUAAAUUUCUAUAGAAAGUUGUUCUCUUUACCACCAGAAAGUACUUUAAAUAUACACAAUAGAUAGUUGAUUAUUGUAAAGAAAAAUGGGUAUUUUUCUGUCUCUUUUUUUGUCUUAUUUACUACAUUUAAUCAGUUUAGUAUUCAUACAUUUACAGUUGAAUGAAAUCUCCAAGGAUUGUAGGUUUAUAAUCUGUUUAUUGUGAAAAGAUGUGUUUUGUUACAAAUACUUGUUUAAACUCAAGGAAGUGCAGCAUUGGCUAACAGCUGCCCAUAGUGGGCUUCCCAACUGCCUUUAAAGGAUUCAGGCAAAUGCAAACUCUGGCCUAUGGUGUUACACAAGAAGCGAAUAAAGGAAAAGGAAAAUCACAUAAAUUAAAAUUCUAUCAGCAAAACUGGAGAAGUGAGUUUUUGAGGGUUUUGUUUGUAUUUAGGUGCAGGAGGGAGUGGUGGGGUCAUUUGUGUUUCUGCCUUUUUCUUUGUUAAAGCAAAUUCCUAUGCUUACCAAAAGCACAUGCUGUAUAUUUUGUUCCCCUUAGUAUGUUUAUAGUAUUUUGAAGGAUUGAUAAAUGAAUUUGGGUAUUUGUAUGUGGGGAUGUUAAAAGUUGUGGCUGCUAUAUUUGUUGAAGGGGGAAAAAAAUGAAGUUCAUGCACUUCUUUUCCUAGCUCAAAGUCACUGUGAUGUAUAUUUUUUAAUGAAAUUUAGGAAUAAAGCGGUUGUCACAAUUGCAAAAUUAGUUCCAAAUGCUGCUUCUCUUAUCAGACUAGUAACAAACUGUUUUCUGCAAACUGCAUUUUACAGAAUUUAAACUCUGAAACUAUCAACUUUUAUAGUUAAACAUUGUAUUAAAUAAACUAUAAUAAACUUUGUUUUUGUAUUUUUAAAAUUGUUGUAUUAGUUACUCAGCCUUUAUUAAGAGCUAAAUAAUGAAGAUAAAUCAACUAAAAUAUGCUUUUAUUUUACCCAUGGGGAUAUAGAAUUUGUAUUAGGAAAAAACUGAGCAGAGUUUAACAAUACUGAGCUUCUUUAAGAAUUUAGCCAGCAGUGACAAUUUCCAGAAUGUUUGGGAAUAAGUUCUAGUGUAAAUGUUUAACUAUAAUGCUUCAAAUUGCAAUGUGACUUUGCUUCAGUAAACUUUUAAGGUUACACUUGGAAUUGGCAUAACUAUCUACUGGAAUGCUACCAUUUGCUUUUUAGUUCCUCCAGAUUUCUCAGCAUUGGGAACACUGUAUUACAUGCUGCGCCUGACAGUUUUAAUGUAACAUUUACUGUUGUAAAGCCAUAUAAAUGUUAAUUGACUUGUAAAAAAAUUGACUCUGGUUUUUGGUUUCUUGUUUAGUUUUUAUUUAAAUUAGACAUUUAGGGAAAAUAUACCUACUUGAGAGUUAGUCACAGAAAAUAUAAGUCGUGGUUUGUAUGUAUUAACAGGUGAAUAUUAUUAAACUUUCAAAUUAUGGAGUGUUUUUAAAUGCUUUAUUUAGCCAGAACAAUAUGUAAAAUGGGAGUGCUUCCUCAUAUAGACUGUGCAAAUUGUGUAUUAAAAUACUUUUAGUAUCGAUUUGCUUUUUCCAUUUUCAUUGCUUUCUAGGUUUCUUUCCUAAACAUUUCCUAAUCUAAUAGUGUGUUUUCAUUUUCGGUGCUGAUACAUAAUUUUGACACUUUUUUUCUCAAAGUCCUCUCAAUACCCAAAAUGUCUUGGUUCGAGUUCACAUCUUUGCCACACAUUGUAGCUAUGGGUUUCUUUUAUCAAAUGAGUAGACUAGAGCAGUUGUAUUUCCACUGCUUUGAGUUUGCUUUGCCAGGCCGUUCUUUUCACUGAAUUGUUUUGUGAUUAAUUUUAAAACUGCAUAGCCUUUUUGUUUUUAAUGUACUUAAUUCUAGUAGAAACCUCAGCCCAGUUGAAAAUAAAACAAAUGAUAUGUUUA